AUGUCAACUGAAGAGCAUAUUUCCCAGGAAAUGAAAAUGCACACCAUGUCAGAUAUACGCGCUGGCGUCGUUGCUCCAGUUGGAAACAGCGAUGGAGUUUUUAUCGGAGAAGAACAGCAGUCUAGUUUUCGCCCGUUAACUUUUCUUGGUUCUUCAACAAAGAGUGCAGGAGCUGAAUUCCUGAAUGAUUAUACGCGGAACCCCAAUUGGCUUUCUUCCCUCAACAUGGCUGCUUCUAUUUCUGCGUGUGCAUCAAAAACUUCCAGCACACGAGACUCCGGCGUAGCAGUUCCUGCUGUCACGCAACCGCAGCUGUGUUUUUCUGACGGUUUCCAACUUCCGGCCGGUCCACCGGAGAAACUGCGGAGACUUGAUCCUACCGACCUCUUCUGGCAGGCUUAUCACAACAUUGGGAAUCUGAUGAUCUGCAACUGCAUCACUGUUCUGACGACUCAUCCGGUUGUCUUGGAACAUCUACGGGCAGCUGCCGAGAUGCUGUUGUGCCGGCACCAGACUUUGCGGUGCUCGAUCAACGACCGUGAUUCCCCCGAAGAACAGCAUCCGCAGGGUACCCACAAGGAGGGGGCUACUCAAGAUAAAAGUGAUCCUUCACAGGAAGACAAAAGCUUUGCAGGUCGGCUACGAACACUCUUCACUAGGGGAGCGGAUAGUCUCUGCUGCUCGUGCAGAAGAAGAAAAAGAAAAGUCUAUGUAUGGAAAGAUAAUCGCUCGUCAGCCCGCCUCGAUGUCGCAAUGGCGCGAUGGGAAUGCUCUGACGCAGAAAGUGCGAGAGAACGUUUUGGAACAAUGCAAGACGACGAGUGGGUCAAGGCAAUGGCUUUCGAGCAGAAUGUUGGUUUCGACACAUGUGGAGGUACGAAAGAAUCAUAG